AUGUGGCGCAUGCGUGGUGGCGCCACUAGGCGCGGAAGCUGCGGCGGCGGAGUCGGCAACGGCGACAACCGCGGCCAAGGUCAUCAGGGCCGGGCUCGCGGAGGCGGCGGUAGUAGCGGCGUGGGAUGGCGAGGCCGUGCAGGCGGCGCCCGACAGCAGCUGGAGGAGCGGUUCGCGGAUCUGGCGGCGAGCCACUUGGAGGCCAUCCGCGCUCGGGACGAGCGGGACCGGCAGAAUGCGCGGUUGCGCGAAGACAACGCCCGGCUGCGGCUCGAGAACCGGCGGCUGAAGCGCGAAAACCGCAACCUCUUCCGUCAGGCCUUGCAGCUCCCCGUACAGGGCGGCGAUGGGGCGCCGGCCGAGGAGACAGAAGCAGCACUGGGCCCCGAGGCAGCCGGCGCGAACCGGAAGACGAGAGGCGGUGACUGUGAGGAUGAGCAAGACAACCCCAGGGCCCUAAGGGCCCGGCUGGAGAAGCUAGAGGCCAUGUACCGCCGGGCCCUGCUUCAGCUGCACCUCGAACAACAGGCACCGCGCUCCCGUGGGGAAAAUGAAGAGCGGCCACUUCGGGAACCAGAUUCUGGUCUCCGAACUCCGGACCUGGAGUCGUCCAAACCCGGGUUGUAG